AUGGCAGCAACAAAGGUAAGCCUGAAGCUUUUGAUAGACAAAACGAAGCAACGGGUGCUCGUUGCUGAAGCAGACAAUAAAUUUGUUGAUUUCCUCUUUAGCAUUUUCACCCUGCCGGUCGGAACUGUGACUAGGCUCCUACAGAAGCAAAACAUGGCAGGCUGCUUGGGUAACCUGCACAAGAGCGUAGAGAAUCUGAGUGAUAUUUACAUUCAGCCAGAACAAGACAAAGGAAUUCUGACAGACCCAAAAGUGGCCAAUAUUUCUGGUGCUAAAGUCCCUCUCCUCUUGCCAAGGGUUGAGCAUUCAUACACACCCAGGAAAUUUUAUAGGUGUAGAGAAAUCUACUGUAAUUACGUGGCUAGUGACCCGAGAGCAAUUUGUUCUUCAUGCAAGACUUUAAUGAGCAACGAGGUAAGAUACGUGGAGUACCCACCAAAGGAUAUCAAGGCAUCCUCCUCUAGUGUGGGAGGUUACGUGAAAGGGGUGAUUACUUACAUGGUGAUGGAUGAUCUUGAGGUGAAGCCCAUGUCCGCCAUCUCUUCUAUCUCUUUACUUACCGAGUUGAAUGUCACGGACCUUGGGGCUGUUGAGGAGAAAGUGGUGGAUUUAGGCAUGGAUGAGGUUCUGAGUUUGCUCGAGGCUUCUUUGCAAUCUAAGACUGUUCUGACCGAUGUUUUUCUUCAGAACCAUUUUGACAAUGAUCGGAUAGAAAUAAUUAAGGAUAUUGUGGGUGCAUAA